GCAGCGCAGGGAUCGGAAGAGACUCGGAGUGAUAAAGCUGGAGUUUAGAAAUAAUUAAGGGCGGGGGCAGGGGGAGAAGCAGCACAGACAGGAAAAGGACUGGAGGGACAGAGAGAAAGACACCGAGGGAAGGGGACUGAGUUUGUGCGCGCGAGUGUGUGCGCGCGCACGCGGUGUGCCUGUGUGUGAGCGAGUGUGCGCGCGUGAGCGCGUGUGUCUGUGUGUGAGCGAGUGUGCGCGCGCCUGGGUCUGUGUGUGUGUGCGCGCGUGUCUGUGUGUGAGUUAGUGUGCGCGCGCGAGAGCGUGUGCGCGCAGGGGCGGCGCGGGCGGGCGGGUGGGGGCGGGCUCUGCUCCCUCCUCCCCAGCCCGCUGCUCCGGCUCCCUCGCCAACUCCGGGCCCCAGCCGGGCGGGCGAGCGGGCAGCAUGCUGAGCCUCCUCGUCUGGAUCCUCACUCUCUCCGACACUUUCUCCCAAGGGACUCAGACCCGUUUCAGCCAGGAGCCAGCUGACCAGACCGUGGUGGCCGGACAGCGGGCCGUGCUCCCCUGUGUGCUGCUCAACUACUCUGGGAUUGUGCAAUGGACCAAGGACGGACUGGCUCUCGGCAUGGGCCAAGGCCUCAAAGCCUGGCCUCGGUACCGGGUCGUGGGUUCCGCGGACGCCGGGCAGUACAACUUGGAGAUCACAGACGCCGAGCUCUCUGAUGAUGCCUCCUACGAGUGCCAGGCCACGGAGGCCGCCCUGCGCUCCCGGAGGGCCAAGCUCACCGUGCUAAUCCCCCCAGAGGACACCAGGAUUGAUGGAGGCCCCGUGAUCCUGCUGCAGGCAGGCACCCCUCACAACCUCACGUGCCGAGCCUUCAACGCUAAGCCUGCAGCCACCAUCAUCUGGUUCCGGGAUGGGACACAGCAGGAGGGCGCCGUGGCUACCACGGAGUUGCUGAAGGAUGGGAAGAGGGAGACCACCGUGAGCCAGCUGCUCAUCAACCCCACAGACCUGGACAUCGGGCGUGUCUUCACCUGCCGCAGCAUGAACGAGGCCAUCCCAAGUGGCAAGGAGACGUCCAUCGAGCUUGACGUGCACCACCCUCCCACAGUGACCCUGUCCAUUGAGCCACAGACGGUACAGGAGGGUGAGCGUGUCGUCUUCACAUGCCAGGCCACGGCCAACCCCGAGAUCCUGGGCUAUAGGUGGGCCAAGGGGGGGUUCUUGAUUGAAGAUGCCCAUGAGAGUCGUUACGAGACAAACGUCGAUUAUUCCUUCUUCACGGAGCCUGUUUCUUGCGAGGUUCACAACAAAGUGGGGAGCACCAAUGUCAGCACCCUAGUAAACGUCCACUUUGCCCCCCGGAUCGUGGUUGACCCCAAACCCACAACCACAGACAUUGGCUCUGAUGUGACCCUCACCUGUGUCUGGGUUGGGAAUCCCCCUCUCACCCUCACCUGGACCAAAAAGGACUCAAACAUGGGGUCCAGGCCUCCUGGCUCCCCACCCGAGGCUGCUCUCUCUGCCCAGGUCCUGAGUAACAGUAACCAGCUGCUGCUGAAGUCGGUGACUCAGGCAGAUGCCGGCACCUACAUCUGCCGGGCCAUCGUGCCUCGAAUUGGAGUGGCUGAGCGGGAGGUGCCACUUUAUGUGAAUGGGCCCCCUAUUAUCUCCAGCGAGGCGGUACAGUAUGCUGUCCGGGGUGACGGCGGCAAGGUGGAGUGUUUCAUUGGGAGCACACCGCCCCCGGACCGCAUAGCCUGGGCAUGGAAGGAGAACUUCCUGGAGGUAGGUACCCUGGAGCGCUAUACAGUGGAGAGGACCAACUCAGGCAGCGGGGUGCUGUCCACACUCACCAUCAACAACGUCAUGGAGGCCGACUUUCAGACACACUACAAUUGCACUGCCUGGAACAGCUUCGGACCGGGCACAGCCAUCAUCCAGCUAGAAGAGAGAGAGGUGUUACCUGUGGGCGUCAUCGCCGGGGCCACCAUCGGUGCGAGCAUCCUGCUCAUCUUCUUCUUCAUUGCCCUGGUGUUCUUCCUCUACCGGCGCCGCAAAGGCAGUCGCAAGGAUGUGACCUUGAGGAAGCUGGACAUCAAAGUGGAGACAGUGAACCGAGAGCCACUCACGAUGCAUUCUGACCGGGAGGAUGAUACCACCAGUGUGUCCACAGCCACCCGGGUCAUGAAGGCCAUCUACUCGUCCUUUAAGGAUGACGUGGACCUGAAGCAGGACCUGCGCUGUGACACCAUGGACACCCGAGAGGAGUAUGAGAUGAAGGACCCCACCAAUGGUUACUACAAUGUGCGUGCCCAUGAAGACCGCCCCUCUUCCAGAGCCGUGCUCUAUGCUGACUACCGCGCCCCUGGCCCUACCCGCUUCGACGGCCGCCCCUCUUCCCGACUCUCCCACUCCAGCGGCUAUGCCCAGCUCAACACCUACAGCAGGGCCCCCACCUCUGACUACGGCCCUGAGCCCACACCCCCUGGCCCUGCCGCCCCAGCUGGCACUGACACCACCAGCCAGCUGUCCUACGAGAACUACGAGAAGUUCAACUCCCAUCCCUUUCCUGGCGCAGCCGGGUACCCCACCUACCGGCUGGGCUACCCCCAAGCCCCGCCCUCCGGCCUGGAGAGGACCCCAUACGAGGCUUAUGAUCCCAUUGGCAAGUAUGCCACGGCCACUCGGUUCUCCUACACCUCCCAGCACUCGGACUAUGGCCAGCGGUUCCAGCAGCGCAUGCAGACUCACGUGUAGGGGCCAGAGCCUGGCGGGGCAUCUCUGCGGGACAGAGGAGAAGGCUGUCACAGCUGUUCCCUGAUAUUCAGGGGGAUUGCUCAUUGCUCCCUUAUCGGACCAGCCUUCCUCCUCUGCCAUGGCAGGUGGGGAGCAGGUCUCCCAGAAACACCCCGUCCCGAGGAUGGUGCUCUGCGCAUGCCCCACCCUCCUGGGCCUGCCCUUCCCUCUUCUUCGGGAGGGUGUGUCUCUUCUGACCUGCUCUUGCCUGACCCCAGCAUGGGGACAGGGAAGGUGAAGGUGGGGAAGAGCAGAGGGGGCACUUUUUAGCAUUCCCUUUCUAUCCCACCCCUCUGGUCUCCCCCUAAAUACAUGGGGUGGGCAGACUUUGGCCCAGGGGACAUGGAGCAUGGGAGUGAGUGGCUCUGGCAUAAGCAGGUGGAAAACAGUAGCCCAGCCAGUCCCUCUGCUGUGUGCAUUCAUGCCCCUCAGUGCAUCUCUCCCUCCUCAGGGGACUGCAGAAGGGACCUUGGAUUUAUAUUAGCUCUUGUCUACAGAAAAGCCCUGGAACUAAGUUCAAAUCCAGCUCUCAUUCAGCUGGGAUCAAAAUGCCAAUCACCCUGGCUGCCCGGCAGUGUGCAGGAACAGUUAGGAGUCUCCAGCACCACUGCCCACUUUCCUCCUUCCUCUUCCUACACUGGGCCAGCCAGGUAGUCGUCUGGGUCCUGGUGGAGAAAGAAAUGUCAGGACCAUGUCGUGAUGAUCCAGAGAUGGCUGUUUUAUAGCGGCUUCCAGAACCGAUGCUAGGGGGAGCCAACCAAGCCUGCUCUCUCCCCAGUGGGCCCCUCUUCUGGGCUUUGACUCUGGAGAGAGGUGGGGUGCUAUAGGCUAUUUUUCAAAGAAAACUAAAACAAUGAAAACCUCAUUUUGGGGAAAAAGAAAUACAAGUCCCAGUGGAGGGGAAAGGGAGCACCUGUUCUUUUCCACCAGGUUCCUAACACCCUCCACUGACCUUUCAGUGUCUGAGCACUUUGAAUUCAUUUUUAUGUAUUCAGGUGGUGAGACCUGUCACGUAAGUGGCUGCUCUGAUAGGGGCAGGAGAAGGUCUUCCUCUCAGACUGCUGCCCUGCCAGAGGACCCACCAACUGGUUAGAGGCAGCUUCCAGGGGGCCAGGAAAUGUUCUCUUUAGACAGGUUGUGGUUUGUUAAGUGUCUGUCUUUUCUUGGACCAAUCUGAUUCCUUCUUCCACUUUCAGUGCCUUGAGCGUCAAGCUUUGGACGGCCCACCCUAUGUGGGCGGCUGUGCAGGGAGCAGGUACUUGUCAGCCCCACACGCACUGUCAGAUGUCACUGCCGCGGUGUUGGGGACAGGCGGUGAAGGGACCUAGAGAGGUAGGGGGCCUGGAAAAGGCCCUGCCCGAGAAUUAGUGCUGACCAGGAGAAAGUGUCGCGGAAGGGCGCUGCAGGCACGCCACGGCCAUUCCUCUCCUCCAUGCCACAUGCACACACGUCCACACACAUUCCACACGACCGCUUCCUAGCUGCCACCUCUGACCAAAGAGAACCUCUGCCCCACCCUGGCCUGACCUUCCCAAGAAGCAGUGUCUGGAGUUGGCUCUCCCCUGCCUUCCCGGUUGCACAUCCAAUGGGAGGCGGGGCCUCGGUGCAAUUCCCAGAAUGUUCUUUGCCCUUUCUCGGUGGUCACUGUUCAUUACUCGUGUUCACUUUAAUGGGUUACAUGCUCAUCAGCCACGGGCCAUCACCACCCUUACUGAUGUGUCUGAGGGGUGACAUUCCCAGAUAUCCCUUUGCUGGUAACCAUAUAAUACCCAGGCAGCCAGUAGCUCCAGUUCUGGCUUCACAGGCAGCUUCUGUCCCCCACCCCCCAUUUCAGCAGGGACAGUUCCCAGGGAGUGGCCCUACAGGCAUUUACCAGCGGCCUGCUGUACUCCCCUGGAAGCUGACUCCUUUCAGCUGAGUCUUUGUGAGGCCUCAGUGGGAAGGUCUGUCAAGAAUACAGGUUCCUGUGCACACAAAUGGAUACAAAUUGUGAUUAUUUUCAUAGAAACCAGAGCCAUGGAUGAUCCAAACACAUCAAGCUUGUAGAUGAUGGCUUUUUAACUUUGAAUAUUCAAAAAAAGGUAUUUGGGUUUGGCCAGAUGGGGGCCCCUGGGUAUCAGGUCAGCACCAUGCCAGACAGGAGGAAGCAUCAGUGAGCAAGACAGCCUCUGCCGUCUACAACUCAACUCGGAUCAGAAUGUGUACUGGCACCUGCCUGGUAGGAACAGUCCUUCUGGGGAGUGGCCUUGAUUGCAGAGCUUUGCUGUCCAGUGCUGGAAUCCUCUGGUGUGGUGGUGCCUCCUUCAUACUUGGUGAUCUAGACACUAGGGGAUUAGGAGACCUGAGUUAACUCAGUGACCUUGGCUUGACCUCUUAAGUUCCCUCCAAUUUUCUGGCCUGUAAAAUGAAGGGGAAAAGUUGCACCAAAAUAGAAUUGCUCUGUAUUUGCUGUAUCCACUUGAUGGGGGAUGGGAGAGAUAGCCCAUCCCUAACAAGGAAUCUGGAAUAGCCAGCGCCUAGCAUGAUAAGGGCUGGGGGUUUCUCCUAUUCAGAGACGCUUUUACCAUGGGCUUCAUUUUCUUGUCAGAAGUGUGAAUUCCCACCAAGGACUCCUCCCCCUUCAUCCCAAACAGCAACAAAAAGCAUACCCUAAAUUUCAGAGCAAAAUUAUAUGGGUUGUCCUGUAGCUAUUGGGUCAUGUGCUGCUCCCCCCAUCAUUUUGACAGGUGUGCAGAGAUGUCUCUUGCCAGGGCAGGGCCUAUUGUGUUUCCUUUCCUAUGUACCCAGAUUUCAGUCACCUACUUGUAUAGGGGAAAUGGGGGCAGCCUCCCUCCACCCCAAUGGUCAGGAUUAUCUCCUUAGUCUGAACAGCACAUCUCCCUUACCAAGCAGUGAAGCCUGCAGCCCAACGCGUCUGGAGCUCCAGGGACAGGGAGUGAGCACAGCUGACCCUGCUGGGAAGGAGCCAUUUGCAAGGGGAACUGGUAGAGGAAGUUUUGACAGAAAUUCUAAUCUUGAAGAGGCCCUUGUGAGUCUCUUUGGAGAGCCCAGCCAGUGUCCUAAAUUCUGGAUCUCUCAAAGUCCAAGCCAUAAGAGAAGAAAGGCCAGGGUGAGAGUGGUGCAGUGCUCUCAGAACUGCCCUGCUGGAGGUGGAGAGGCUACCCUGACUGCUUAUCCCUGGGCUGUAUGUUUCCUUUCCCCAGCAGUUGCCGCUCAUCACUUUGCAGGAAGCCUCUUCUGGUUCACAGCAUGGGGCUCACAGCACCAGGCUGUCAACCUGCGGGUGCUCUGUCAGGAGCCACAAGUCCUGGGCUCCUUAAAAUGGACUGGAUGGCCUGUCGGUAUAUUUGACCCACGUACAUAGCAAAAUUUGGAUUUGAAGAAAACCACAUGAAACCCAAGCCCCCAUUUGGAGUGAAUUGGCUGGGUUGCUUCCUUGUCCUUUGCUAUGUGGACAGUCGUGUCCCCGAGGCUGAAUUCUGGGCCCUCCCAAGGACUUCCCUGUCAUGUUAGUCUGGUCUGAGCCUGGUCACUGCUCUGUGCCUCUCUAGGCCACUCUGCAUGUUGAGAAUCCUAGGAAGAGGCGAGUGGAGCUCCUGACCUGGUGCUACCUGCGGUGGUGGCUAUGAUGAGCUGUCCACAGCCGUGCACAGACCAGGGUGUGUGAUUGGAAGGAUGGCCAUUUUUCUGAAGAAACUGUCAAAUUAGCUUUUAAAGAUCCCAUUCCUUUCUCUUGGCCUCCCCCCAGGGUAUGUUUCGUCUCCCAAGGUCAGAUUUCCUGAAAGCAUUGGCUUUCAGGCCUAUGCCUGCUGGGUCUGGACACUCCCUCUGGGCUGACAAGAGGGGGACUAGAGCUGGGGGCAAAAUCCCAUUUUCCUGCAUCACUGUGAGGGAGCUCCAGGCCCUGUUCCUGGAGAAAUAAUUGCUGCACAGAAGUCAUAGGCCAUACUCAGCAGUUGUGGUACAACCCUGCCCUUAAAAAUAAUAACUCCAUUUGCAUACAACUAUCGCUCAUUCCUAUCAGUCUGGUGUUCCCAUUCUUGGCUUUUUCAAAAGCCCAGAUCGUAGGCCUCUGAGCGUGGGUGGGCCCUGGGCUGUUCUGUGGGCUUCUGGAGCUCUUCUGAUGUUGCCCCUGGGAAUACUCUAGCUCUGGGAGAGAGCAGCCAGAUUGCAAGUGUAAUCAAACUCAACCUAGUCUUGGUGGCAGUAGUGACCAAGAUUUUGCUGCCUACAAUUUCACCAGAAAAAGGGCCGGGGCUCCCUGUAGUCACAUUUUCUACCCCAGCCAUUCUUGGGAUGACAAUUGCCAUUUCUGGCACCAUUUGAAUUUUCUCUGCCCAAACCCCAAUAAUAAAUGGAUCCAUGAUGAUAAGAGAAGAGAAAACAAAUAUUAUUUUUGUUAGGACAGACCAUCGUAGAUUUUUAGCAAUGUGUAUCUGUGUGUCCCUCACACCUUUUUCCUAUUCUGCCUUUUUUUCUUUUUUUUAAAAUAUUAUGUACUAUAUUUUUAGUCUCAAACACACUCUAUAUUAUAUAUAUUUAAUUUUUUAUAUAUAUAAAUAUAAAUGUUUU